UUAUCGAAGAAAGGCGUUCCUUGCGCACGUCACCGCGCAGUGGUGGGGCUAAGAAAUGCUAUACUUAUAUUCGUGAACGCGCGCGCAUCGGCCACACGUUAUUCGCUUUCCGCGCGAAACACAUCACAAAAAAAAAAAAAAAAAGAAUGUGUAAUAUGUGCACUCGUGACGUCGCCGCGGACAGUGCACCGCCGCCGCCUCCACCGCCGAAGAAGAGCAACAGUUUGGAACGCAUGAAGAGGAAGCAUGGAAUAGUCACAGACCCUGAAAAUGAGGAAAAGCAGAAGGAGGUAGCCUACCAGCCGGACUUGCUGGCGGUGUCCACACAGUACUCCAAAGUGGCUUACGACAUCUUCAAAUCUACGCUGGUCCGUGUGCAAGAAACUAAGGCUUAUGUUGUCCUGACGCGAACAUCACAACCAUUCCACGUGGCGCUAGCGGUGCUGGUGAUACUGGCCUGGUUGGCACGCCCCGGCGGCACGGGAAACCUGCGCGGCUGGCGCGCGCUCUACGUCGGCGCCGUGGCCACGCACCUCGGCUCGCAAGUGUGGAUGACGCUGGUCUCCGGCAUAGUGCUAUACUUCAAUCUCCCUCGGCACGAGUUCGGGCGGGUACAGACGGUGCUGUUCCCCGUGUACUACGCGUUCAACGCCUGCGUGAGCCUGGUCGCGCUGUUCGCGUACCUCCGCACGCAGACCAUCACGCGGUUCGAGCACGCUAGCUGGAUACAGUUCGCGCUGCUAACCGCCGUGUUCUUGAUAGAAGCAUACGUGCGUCUUCGCCUGGUGUGCCCCAUGCUGCGAGCCAAACACAUUAAGACUCAGAUGGAAGAGGCAGCCGGAGGCGGACAAGAGGUCGGUCGCUUGAUCCUCGGCGAGCUGGCGCACUGCCCCCGCUACCUCCGCGUGCUGAAGACCUUCCGCGCCUACCACUCCACCAUCGCCGUCGGCACCAUGCUCACGCUCGGCUGCUCGCUGUACUCCACCAUGGUGAUCGUGGACGCCAUGUGCUGCUAGUCGUGGACCCUGUGAUGUCACAGUCACAGUGACCCUAUAGGGAUCCAGGCAAUUUGAUAGUCUAUUAAUAACCUGCUAGAUAAGUUAGAGCAACACUAUAUAUCGCUAGACGUGCAGUUUUGAAAAGCUGAAGGUGUAUGGAAGAUCUGGUCACAAAACCAUUGGUAACAUGCGAGCAGCGCAGUUAUAUAGCGGAAAUGUAUUAGUUGAAAUUUUCAAAAUAUAUGAGUAUUAUGAAAAGUGUUACAGCAUCAUUUUAUCUAGCAGGUUCAAUAUAGUCAGAUUGUAGAAGGAAUAUAAUUCAAGUAUAUAGUUUUGAUCGGAUUUUCGAAAGUAAAAUUUAUUCAAAUCUACCUCAAAAACCACAAAUGAUAAUAUAAAGCUACACGUUCAGCGUUUUGAUCAUAAUAAGGAGGAAAUGUAGUUUUUACAAAAAUACAAAAAUAUCAGUAUUCCUAUUAAUAAUAUCGUUUAUUACGUAUCUAAUAAAAGCUAUACAAUGGAAGCUUAAAGUGGGUUAAAAAUUAAAUCAUGUUACUGCCAAGCGAUGCUUGUGCUAAGCCAAUUAUUAUUUCGGUAGGUUUUAGUAGGUAUUCCAUUUACAAUUGUAUUAUUUAAGAAUAAUUUGUAUUAAAAUAAUGCAACUUGUAGGAAGCGGCUCGGGCUGUGAAGUCUUUAUUUUGUGUAGAUAGGAAAUUAACGAAUUUGUUUGAUGUAGACGAUUCUCUGAAGCGCUGGUCGCUUGUAGUUUCAAGAAAGGUUUAGGUCCAAAUUGUAUACGCUUAAGACUCAUACACUGUGGUUGUGAAUUUGUGCGUCUACAAUUGUGUAGCACGCUUUAAAAAUAGACUUUUCGUGUGCUACAUAAAUGUAGUCAUAAAUAGAGAUUUAGGUAGUGUAUCUUGCCAAGGUCUAAACGACCUAUUUUAUUAUGAAUUUGCAGCCAGAGCCAUCGGAGCUGCUUGAUGUUGAAACUAUAAAGUUGUUCGCUCUCUAAUUUCCUGCAGAGGUACUGCCAUGAAUAGUUGUAAGUGUAGUGAACGUAGUGUAAAUAGCGCGUGUGUUGGCGAAACUGUGGUGUUGUCAGUUUUGCCACGCUCCUAGUGCGCAGGAAGUUAGGGUUGCAACUGCAACUGUCGCUAUUUAGAUGUGUUUUUGCACUGUAUCAAUAAAGCUGUUCCUGACUUUCAUGGAUUUACGAUGUGUAUAUAAGCGCGAUGUGAUACAGGAGCAAGAUACGCAAUCUCGGCGUUGACUGCGCGUGUUUGGCGCUUUGCGCGAUAUUUUUUUUUGUAUGCGACAGAAAGGUCUAGUCACGUCGAUUGUGACGCACUGAGCCUUCAAAGCCUUUGUAUGAAAGUAAUUAAAAGGCCUUCCUGAAGCUAUCAAGCAGCUUACUGAAUUAACAGGGGGUUUAUUUAAUUACAAGCUUAUUUCUAAAAGUAGAGCUACUGCGUGAGAAAAGUUAUAGGCGAAGUUGACUCUACAUUUAAAAUUAAUUUUAUUACUGUUGUAAUUUAUAGUUAGUUUAAGGUAAUACUAAGGUCUUUUCAUGUAAUUACAUUUUGGAAAACCAGAGCAAUAAACUUUAAUAGCUAACGAUAGGACGUCGUAAAAAUGAUGAUUUUAAACCUACCUAUAAAAGUCAUAGGUAGGUACCUAUAAUACAUACUAGACAAAAUUCAUUAAUAAACUAUGUAAGUAGUAUACUCAAUUUUAAUCCUUAGUAUUUUAUUAUUAACAAUGAUCUGAAUGUUAGUGUGUAAGUUUUGUUAUUUAUUUGGGAGACCGAAAAAACUAUUCAAAUACAAAACUAUAGAGAA